AAGUUGUACAUCGAUGUACAACUUGCGUUGGGUUGUCAAACUCUUUGGAAUUGCAUGCCCAGAUUAGGAAGAUAACGGAUGAGAGAUGUAAAAAGCAGAGGGCUAAUGAGGAAGAUAUGAAUAAAGAAAAGCCGUGGAAAACAUGGAGAUGGCAUUUCAACUAACACAUGCAAUUCGAGGUUAAAACAGCGACCGCCAUUAAUGCAAAGCCCAACCGUAUAGUUACUGACAGCAUUAAUGGAGCACAACCAACAAUGACAGCCCAAAAAUUCAUCUUUACUCGUCUCCACACCGCCAGAUGAGUUUUUCCCUUUCCUUUUCAUUAAUGGUCAAAUUGAACCAAAUGCGCUGCAGAAACGAAAACAAAAAUUGAAGAAAAAUAAGAAAAAGAGGUUGAUGUGGGGCACGGCGGAGAAUUUGUCGGCGCGUUCGGAGUCGUUCAGGGAGGAUGGGGAUGACGAGGAGGCGCUGCGGUGGGCGGCGCUGGAGCGGCUGCCGACUUACCGCCGCGUGAGGCGGGGAAUAUUUCGCAACAUGGUCGGCGACUCCAAGGAGGUCGACGUGCAUAAGCUGCAAGCACAGGAGCAGAAAAUCGUUCUGGAUCGGCUCAUUAACUCGGUUGAUGACGACUGGGAGAAAUUCUUCUCCCGUGUGAGACGUCGAUUUGAGCGUGAACGCAUGUCCUCCUUGGCUGCACUAAAGCUAAAAAAGAUUGGGAAAGUUAUGCAAGCUACUCCUGUGAAUAAUUGCACUCUCGAUAGGGCUGUUGCCAAUCUUCAACGAUUUGAAUUGAGCACUAUUGAUGACAUAAUAUCUUUUGCAAAGCUGCAAAGUCCUAUGACUAGUGUCAGAACAAAGCGACGGAUACUGAUGAGUUCAAGGAAAGCACCACUCAUAGUUGAUCUGGGUUUCCCAGCUGUUGAAGUCAGAUUUCACAAUCUAACUGUUGAAUCUUCUGUUCACAUUGGUAGUAGAGCUUUGCCUACGAUUUCAAACUUUAUCAUCAACAUGGCCGAGGCUUUAUUCAGGCAGCUAAGGAUACACUCAGGAAAUAGAAGAAAGCUGACAAUUUUAGAUGAUAUAAGUCCUCCAAGCUCUGGAAAAACAACACUGCUUUUAGCCCUUGCCGGCCGCCUCAAAUCUGAUCUUAAGGUGUCAGGUAAAAUAACGUAUAAUGGACAUGGUCUGAACGAGUUUGUACCCCAGAGGACAUCUUCUUAUGUUACUCAGGAAGAUUGGCAUGUAGCUGAGAUGACUGUUAGAGAGACACUCGACUUCUCAGCACGUUGUCAAGGCGUUGGUUAUAAGUAUGAUAUGCUUCUGGAACUUUCAAGAAGAGAGAAGAUUUCUGGAAUGAAACCUGAUGAAGAUCUUGAUAUAUUUAUGAAGGCAUUGUCCUUAGAAGGGAAGGAGACAGGCCUUUUGGUGGAAUACAUUAUGAAGAUUCUAAAGAUUUUAGGUUUGGACCUUUGUGCGGAUACUCUGGUUGGAGAUGAAAUGAUCAAAGGAAUCUCUGGUGGUCAAAAGAAGCGUCUGACAACAGGUGAAAUAUUAGUGGGUCCAUCAAGAGUGUUAUUCAUGGAUGAAAUAUCAACUGGUCUUGAUAGCUCAACAACAUACCAUAUUGUAAAGUAUCUUAGGCAUUCGACACGUGAACUAGAUGGAAGCACUGUCAUUUCUCUGCUUCAGCCAGCACCUGAGACUUACGAGUUAUUUGAUGACAUCAUCCUUUUGUCUGAGGGAAAAAUUGUAUACCAGGGACCUCGUACAGCUGUCCCUGAAUUCUUUGCUUAUAUGGGCUUCCGUUGUCCAGAACGGAAAAAUGUGGCAGACUUCCUUCAAGAAGUUGUAUCGAAAAAAGAUCAAGAACAGUAUUGGGCUUUACCUUAUCAGCCUUAUCGAUACAUACCGGUCGCAAAGUUUGCCGAAGCUUUCGGAUCAUACAACAUUGGGAAGAAUUUAUCUGAAGAACUGGAUAAGCCAUAUGAUAAGUGCUACAACCAUCCUGCAGCCUUGUCAACUUCACAAUAUGGGGUCAAGAAGAUUUUACUUCUUAAAACCAACUUUCACUGGCAGUUGCUGCUUAUGAAACGGAAUUUGUUUAUAUAUGUUUUUAAAUUUGUUCAGCUUCUUCUGGUUGCGCUGAUCACCAUGAGUGUGUUUUGCCGGUCUACUCUUGGUCAUAAUACAAUCGAUGAUGGAGGUUUUUAUUUGGGAGAGUUGUACUUUUCAAUGGUGAUUAUUCUUUUCAAUGGCUUCACUGAGGUUUCAAUGCUCGUGGCCAAGCUUCCCGUACUUUACAAACACAGGGAUUUGAAAUUGUACCCUAGUUGGGCAUAUACCAUACCUUCAUGGUUUUUGAGCAUUCCAACAUCAUUGAUAGAGUCUGGUUUUUGGGUGGCAGUAACAUAUUAUGUGGUUGGAUUUGAUCCAAAUAUCUUCAGGUUUCUUCGGCAACUUGUGCUUUACUUCUUUCUUCAUCAAAUGUCUCUAUCCCUUUUCCGACUUAUGGGUUCCUUGGGUCGUAACAUGAUCGUGGCAAAUACGUUUGGAUCAUUUGCUAUGUUGAUAGUCAUGGCUCUUGGAGGAUACAUCAUUUCAAGAGAUAGGAUUCCUAGUUGGUGGAUGUGGGGAUUUUGGGUUUCUCCACUAAUGUAUGCUCAAGAUGCUGCUUCUGUGAAUGAAUUCCUUGGGCAUUCUUGGGACAAGAGAAGUGGGAUCAACUCAACUUUGUCAUUAGGAAAAGCAUUGCUAAACAGUCGCAGUUUGUUCACCGAAAGUUACUGGUACUGGAUUGGCAUUGGUGCUUUGAUUGGUUACACCAUCUUGUUCAAUAUCCUUUUCACAUUGUCUCUCUCGAAGUUGAACCCUCUUGGGAAACGUCAAGCAGUUGUUUCUAAAGAAGAGCUUCAAGAAAAGGAGAAGAUGCGGAAAGGAGAAUCAUCUGUAAUCCAGCUAAGGGACUUUUUACAGCACUCGGGUUCAUUUGCAAAAAAGAGUUUUAAACAAAAAGGCAUGGCACUCCCUUUUCAGCCACUCUCCAUGUCAUUCAGCAAUGUCUGUUACUAUGUAGAUGUGCCCCUGGAGCUAAGGCAGCAAGGCAUAUCAGAGGAAAAACUGCAGUUGUUGAAUAACAUUACAGGAGCAUUUAGGCCUGGCGUGCUCACUGCAUUAGUUGGAGUUAGUGGCGCUGGGAAAACCACUCUCAUGGAUGUAUUAGCUGGCAGAAAGACUGGUGGACUCAUACAAGGAGACAUAAAAAUAUCCGGUUAUCCUAAAAAACAAGACACCUUUGCCAGAAUAUCAGGAUACUGCGAACAAAAUGAUAUUCAUUCCCCAUGCUUGACGCUUCAUGAAUCACUUCUCUUCUCUGCUUGGCUCCGCCUAUCAUCGGAUAUUGACUUGGAAACCCAAAAGGCCUUUGUUGAUGAGGUGAUGGAACUUGUGGAGCUUAUUCCUUUGAAAGGAGCAUUGGUUGGUCUACCAGGAGUUGAUGGACUAUCAACAGAGCAAAGAAAACGCUUAACUAUUGCUGUUGAACUUGUGGCAAAUCCUUCCAUAGUAUUUAUGGAUGAGCCCACAUCAGGGUUGGAUGCUAGAUCUGCAGCUAUAGUCAUGAGGACUGUGAGGAAUAUAGUGAAUACUGGAAGGACAAUUGUUUGCACCAUUCAUCAACCUAGCAUCGACAUCUUUGAAUCCUUUGACGAGCUUUUAUUGAUGAAACGAGGAGGGGAGCUCAUUUAUGCUGGUCCACUUGGAACCAAGUCUAGCAAACUGAUAGAGUAUUUUGAGGGAAUUGAAGGAGUACCAAAGAUCAAGCCUGGGUAUAAUCCUGCUACAUGGAUGUUAGAGAUUACAUCAUCAGCAGAGGAGCACCGCCUGAAUGUUGAUUUUGCUGAAAUUUACAGAAAAUCUAAUCUAUUUCAGUUUAAUAAUCAGUUGGUUGAGAGAUUAAGCAAACCAGCCGCUGAUUCGAAGGAUAUUAAGUUUCCUACAAAGUAUACUCGGUCAUAUUUCGAACAAUUUGUGGCUUGUCUUUGGAAACAGAACCUAUCUUACUGGCGAAAUCCACAAUACACUGCAGUUCGGUUCUUCUAUACAGUGAUAAUAUCGCUGAUGCUGGGAACAAUAUGCUGGGAAUUUGGUUCCAAAAGGGAGACUCAGCAGGACAUUUUCAAUGCUAUGGGAUCAAUGUAUGUUGCUGUACUGUUCAUUGGAGUUACAAAUGGUACUGCUGUUCAACCAGUUGUUUCUGUCGAAAGGUUUGUUUCAUACAGAGAAAGAGCAGCUGGAACAUAUUCGGCUUUGCCAUUCGCAUUUGCUCAGGUUGCCAUUGAGUUUCCAUAUGUAUUCACACAGUCAAUAAUUUACUCGGCAAUAUUUUACUCAAUGGCCUCCUUUGAGUGGACUGCCUCUAAAUUUUUGUGGUACAUGUUUUUUAUGUACUUCACUAUGCUGUAUUUCACCUUUUACGGGAUGAUGACGACAGCUGUUACACCCAACCAUAAUGUGGCUGCCAUUAUCGGCGCCCCUUUUUACAUGCUUUGGAAUCUCUUUAGCGGAUUCAUGAUACCUCACAAGAGAAUACCGAUAUGGUGGAGAUGGUAUUAUUGGGCAAAUCCCGUUGCAUGGAGUCUCUACGGCCUUGUUGCUUGUCAAUAUGCUGACAGUGAAAAACCCGUGAAACUUUCGGAUGGAUUCCAUGUGUUGUCCACGAGGCUUUUAGUGAAGAAUGUUUUUGGCUUCAGGCAUGAUUUCAUUGGCAUUUCCGGGUUUAUGGUGGUUGGGUUUUGUUUCUUAUUCGCUCUCAUUUUUGCUUUCGCUAUAAAAUCUUUCAACUUCCAGAGGAGAUGAGUCUAGACGCGGUUAAUUAGAUCUCAUCACAUGGAAACUGUAAAUUUUUGUAAUCAGGACAGAGUCAAUUCGUUUGCUUUGCCGAUAAAAUUUUAUAUUGAUUUUUCGCGUGCCUUUUAUUUUUUAGAUGAACGAUUUAUAACUAAACUGUUAAAAGAUCAAUGUUGAGGCAAAGGUGGUCUCAGGUGAAUCUGGCUCUAAGAUGAAUGCAUCCUGUAGAGUGCUUUUGUUACUGAUGUAUAAUGUAUUGCCCUGGAGGAAAAAUGAACAAUAAAGAGUGUGUUUUGUAAGAUCGUUGAAUAGAUUAAAGAUAACCAAUUGAAGAAGACUUAAAGAGCAAGGAAUAACAUCACGAGAUGAACACAUUUUGUGUUCCUUUCUUUUUGUUCA